AUGGAGCCUAUGCGCGAUGGUGCUGGGGUUCUGGAAAAGUCUCGUCAUCCAGUUACUCCCAGAGCUUCGGAACGCCCCACAGCGCACCUCGAACUGUGGUCCAUGGGUUGUGGGGCAUCCUGCAAAAUGCUGACGACACAAAACCAGCAUCAGAGUCAGUUACUGACUCUGACUGACUCAGACACUCGUACCGAAAACCCUUACUCCAAACCACCGGUUGUGUUCGGAUGA